AUGCAAGAAAUUGAUUUGUUAAGGCUACACAAAGAAACUUUAAAGUAUUUAGAAAUUGAAAACAUCUUCAAACGUCUUACUAGUACCUUCUUAGAUAGAAUAUAUCAUCUAAUCAAAGAUAUAUUUGCUGAAGAACACAAAUUUACUAUUCAAGUACAUAACAGAUAUAAGUAGGAAUUACUAAAAUUAGCAAACCAAAAGGAAAUUUCCUUGAAAGAAUUCAAACUAGCAGAACAUUAUAAGUUAAAUUCUUAGAUAUUUAAGACAAAUCUUUAAGCUAUAUUUACUAUAGUAAUAGAUGAUCUCCAAAAUUCAUUUAACAAAUAAAUGUUGAUUGAAGAAAGAACAAUAUUAGAACCACGAUAACUAACUUAAAUUGAUGAAGAAUCAUAAAUUUGUCUUACUGAAAACAUUAACGAAGUCUCUUAAGAUUAUCCAAAAACAACUAGAGAUGAUGUUAAAACUGAAGAAACCCCUAUAGUCAACUAAGAAUUUAAAUAAACUCUCUCUAAAAACCCUUUAACUAAGCUCUUAUCAUUUGAUAAAACAUCCUGUCUAUCUAUUGUUGGUUCUCCUAGGCACUCAAGAGAUAAUAGCUUAAAUAAUAGCACGUUCAAAUCAUCUAAUAAACAAAUUUAAUAACUUGUAUUAAAUAAUAAGAUUUAAAUAAAAGAAAGAUCAUUAAUAAAGAAUAAAAGUUUUGAAUUAGCUCAAAUUGCAGAAAGUCUAUUUGCCCAAACUAAAAGUCCUAAAGCAAAUUAAACAAUGAUUUUAAACAAUCUAAUGUCAAAAAUGGUAAAUCUCAAAGAAAAUACUUUAAAGUGA